GCAUAAAUACCACACCAUGAGGACACAUAACCUUAAAAUUGUUAAAUCUUCGAAAUCGUUGUGGGUGCCAAACUGAGUAUGAGAUGAAAUUUUUUAUUAAUCAUUUGUUUAGAGGAGUUUUCUUUGCCGGCCUUGCUUCGAUCGGCGCGGAUUGUCCCGGCGCAUGUCGCAUGAAUGUGCCGAGUAAGGCUGUAUGCAUCGUACAAAAUGAGCCGUCGCAAUGUGUGAAGCUCAAAGAAUGCACGCUGAACGAGUUGAACUGUGAACGUUGGCGGCAAAAAAUACCGUUGCUCGGUAGAGUGAAACUGGAACGCUGUUCACUGAUUCGUACACCCACUGGUAGUGGCGGUUGUGCUCCGCAACCGCCAAAAUGUCCAAAUACCAACUGCAGCCAUGAUAAGGUGAUUCAUUGUGUACAAGCUGCUGGCAAACAGUGUCGUCUGCUUACGAAUUGUGAGACGCAACGCGAUAAUUGUAGUCGCCCUAAGAAUAAUCAGCUAACUCGUAUUCGCGCCUCAGCUUGUAGAGGCAUCAAACGCUCUGAUGGCUUCAAGCCAUGUGUUAAACAGAAGAAAAAGAAGAAGAAGAAGAGUACUAUUAAAAAAGUGAUUAGUGGCUGACAAGUGAAG